CUAAAGCAAAGAAGCUAAAAUGAAUAUAGCAAUAGCUAUAAUAGUGGCAAUGGUGGCACGAGCUCAAUCGCUUAACUGUUACAAAUGCCAGGACGCAAAUUUGAAAUCAGGGGUUGAAAAUACCUGUACCAAAUACAGCGUUCAACAGUGUGCGGCCGGGAAAGACGUGUGCGCAUCUCGUGCCACGACAUUCUAUGAGGGUAGCAAGUUCAGCUAUAUGAAAAGUUAUCAAUGUAUGACGACGGCAGAUGAGUCAUCAGAAUUGGAUGAAUGUAUGGGAUUCAAAUCUGAAUUUGAAGAUGCUUUGGACGAUUUGAAGGCUUAUGCCUGUGCAAUUGAAAAAUGCAACGAUGACUUGUGUAACGGACUUAUCGUACCAGGUUCAGGUUUCACUCCAGUUCCUAAUCAUGGGUACGAGAUCAAGAUACUGAAUGGGCCUGCCUCUGGUUACUUCCUGACUGCAAACGAUGAGAGAAACGGUCACUCCCGCUGGGUACAUACCGAACUCAAUGAUCAGAGUGCUCGCUGGGAGAUCAUUCUUACACAACACAACGGUCAAGACUGCUUCAACAUCAAGUCUAAAUCUGGUGCUACUGCUGGUAUAGGCAAGAUGCUGGUUGUGCACAGCGACAAACAAUCUAAUGGAGACGCAAGGGCUCUGGUCCACAGAACCCCCCACGGCAACGGUGAUGACGAGUGUUGGAUUAUAGAGACUGUGACUGUGGUAGGAGGGGUCGGGUACAGGUUUAAGAAGUCUCAGGGUCGCUCGAGAGACACGUACUUGGUCUCCCGAAUUCAGAGGGAAAGUGGGUCCUACUGGGUGGACGUGACGUCAGAUAUGUCUGCUCCGAUCUGUUACAAAAUGGGGAGUAAUUUCUGA